AUGCCGGCGAUCUCCUCGUCCGUGAUGGCCAUGAUCUCCGCGCCACCCUUGCGCUGGCUGUUUUGGAAGAAAACCGGAGAAGAGCUGGAGAAAGGUCUGGAGAAGGUCCAAGCGGUCUAUGGCCAAGACGGCCCGAAAUUCUUGCACUUCACCUGUCACCCAAUCAAGAGGAGGAGCCGGAAAGCAGUUCUCCUACUUGCUUUGGGCCUUUGGCUUUGGUUGUAUCCGGUGGAUUUGAAGUUCCGGUGCUUGCUUUUGUCCCUGGCCUACAGCUUCGUAGAGUGUGGCUUUACCUUUUUCGAGAGAGGCAAGGCCUAUACAAGCCUUGCUCAAUUCCUGGGAAACUUGGUGUACAUGCCUGUGCUGCUGGAUUGGUACGGACACUUCCUCGGAGAUUCUCCAAGGCUUUAUGUCUUCCUCUUCCCGGUGAAUAUUUGGCUCUUGGAGAUCGCACAGGGCUUGGCCAUCCAAUGGAUUUUCGGCCAGAAUGUGGCCUGGUGCUAUGCUGACUACGCGGAUGAGCUUCUCACCUUCAUUCGUCUUGGCCAUGCCAUUUGGUGGUGGGGCCUUGGCCUGGUCCUUUGGUUUCUGUACCCUGCCAUCUUCAUGUUCAGCCUUCGUGUGGCGAAAGACGCUGCCUCUGUCUUUGACUUCGGAGACCCCUGUGCAGCCAUUGACCUUGAUGCUGGGUACUACGUCACCGGCCCAGUUCUUGCAGUGAACCGACUCCCCAAGAUGGUUGGUUGUCAGAGCCUCAGGGAGAGUGGACGGACCUCUGGGCCCUACAACAUUGCGCGCAUCUUUGUGCAGGGGCCGCUCAAGGGCGAGCUGAUUUAUGGCUUCUCGAUCUCCGUGCGAAACCCCACCCUGCAGGAAGUCGCUCAGGUGCACGUUUUCCCGGGUGACACGAUCCUCGGGUGCGAAUCGCAACCAGCUGGGCCGCAGCCAGCAGCCAGCCUCUCCGCUCCUUGCCGCUGCGUCAGAUCUUGUCGGUCAAUGACCCCUGGUCAUCAGUCGAUUGGAACCUGA